AUAAAUCUCAUAGCGAUAAAGAAAGAAUAAUGCAUUUGGGCAGCAACAGGUGAUAGAACUGAAGCAACAACGUUCAAUAAAACGGAUACAUUCAUCACCCAUUUGGCAGAAAGAAGUUCAGACAUUCUUCCAGCAGGCAAUUGCGCACCAUUACAUCAGCGAGGAAAAGCAUUGAACCCACUCUGAAAAGGAUCGAUAAAUAAUGAUGCCAAAACCCACAUAUACAGGAACAGUAAACUUUCUGUAAAUUGUCUACGAAAUAAAUUGAGACCAUCAUGGAUUCAAAACGACCUUCGCACGUGACGUUGACCAGAAGAGUUGAUCGUUGAUGAAACUAAUUCGCGAACUACUUUUGCUAUGAGUCCCGGAAGAUGCUUAUAAAAGGACAACUAUGUACAUGAUAGCGAAUUUAGUUUUCAUUGUAACUUUGCUCCAGAAUGACAGGACUCUCACUAAUGUGGCAAUUUUUGACUCUCUUUAUCGUUUUUCUGUCAGUUUCCAAUGUUUCAAAAGCGGCAACAUUAAGUAAUGGAGAAAAUCAUGUAACGGAAAGGAUUUCCCUCCUUAGGGAUCAAAUGCGAUUUUAUAAUUUGUCGGCUUACAUAAUUACAGACGUUGAUGAACAUCAGAAUGAUUACAUUGUGUCUGAACGAGACAGAAGGCGAGAAUGGAUUUCCGGUUUCUCGGGUCUUCAAGGGGACGUUGUAGUGACAAUGAAUAAAACUGCACUCUGGACAUUAGGUUCCUUAUUUUAUUUAGCAAAACAAGAAGUUCCCAGUGACUGGAUUUUAAUGGAAUCCUGUCCUUCAUUGAAUGGCAAAUAUUUACCAUUAGAGGUUUGGCUGUCAAAAGAACUUAAUUAUGGAAGCAGAGUUGGUGCUGAUCCCAAUGUUGCUUACUCAGAAUGGAACGAUUGGGAAUCGAAAUUGCAAUUGAAAAAUAUUACACUCGUACCAAUGGAGGAAAAUUUAAUUGAUUUAAUUUGGAAGGAUCAACCUGGAUAUAGAAAAAAUCCGCUUUACAAUUUGCCGUCCGAUAUUGCAGGUGAAACUCCGAGAGAAAAAUUGAAAUUAGUUCAUGAAGAUAUGACACAAUUAAAUGCCGAUUUAUGUAUAAUUACGGAUCUCAGUGAAAUUGCUUGGCUAACAAAUAUGAGAGGUGGCGAUAUUCCUUAUGUGCCUGUUUUUCGAUCAUACAUGCUGCUUGGAAAAGAUUUCUCGAAUCUUUAUCUUCCACCAGAGAAGCAUGAGUCACAUAUUAAUAUAAUAUUAAAAAAUGAAAAUAUUACACUAUUGGAUUAUGAUCAAUUUUGGAAAGACUUGAAAUCGUAUUCAAAAGCAGCAAGUGGUAUAUUACUUCCAAAAUCUUAUAACAAUGCCUUUGAAGUCAGUUACAAAAUCUAUUCAAUGCUGCCUAAAUUUAAAAUCAAGAAUAAAGUUUUUCCAAUUCUUUCACGGAAGGACAAAAAGAAUCCUAUCGAAAUUGCUGGCCUAAAACAGAUUCAUUUACGAGAUGCAAUUGCAAUGAUUCAAUGGAUGAUAAAAAUGGAAAAUGGAAUAAAAAAUGGCAGUUUGAUUAGAGAAAUAGAUGCAAUUGAAUCUCUGAGAGAAAUUCGUUAUGAGCAAAAAUCAAAUCGUGGCGAAAGCAGUGAGUGCAUUGCUGGUUAUGGUUCAAAUUCGGCAAAUUUCUUCAAUAUUCCAAAAAAUAAAUCUUCAAUUCAAAUUAGUACUGAGAAACCGUUUAUGAUAACAACUGGCGGACGAUAUGAUGAAGGUAAAACACGACUGGCAAGAACAUUUCAUUAUGGAACACCGAGCGAAAAAGAAAAGACAGCUUACACGGCUCUAUUGGCAGGAAUUAUAGAUCUCGUUAAAUUAACAUUUCCAUUGGGAACUUCAGCUUGUGCGACGGAUAUUGUUAUUCAAAUGCCUCUUUAUAAAAUAGGCCAGGAAUUUGAAUACGAGGCGAUACAAGGAUUCGGAGAAUUUUUCGGCGAAUAUGAAGCAUUCAAAGAUACCUAUGAUCUCAAUGUCUUCCGAUUCCAAGGCAUUGGUUAUCGUCAAGAAAGAGAAUGGGGAAUGCUUUUGAAAAAUGUUGUUAUUGUUGUUCCAGCUAAUACAACGUUCCAGUCUGGAAAGCAAUUUAUGACCUUCAAAAUGAUUACUUUAGUGCCUUAUGAAAGAAAUCUUAUUAACCCUGAACAACUCACGAAUGAACAGCUUGAGUGGUUAAAUAAUUAUCACAAAGAAGUAAAGACAGAAAUUGAGGCAGAAUUAUCAAAUCAAGAAUCGAAAGAAAUCCGUGAACAAAUUAUCAAUUGGUUAAAAGAAAAAACAAAGCCAAUCGAAAAAUUGAAAUCUGUUAAACUAGACAUGACCAAUUAAUUAUCAGUUUAUCUAUAUAAAAAUUAUUUAGUUAUUAAAUAAUAAUUGUUAAAUUUAUUUUUAUCCUCUUAUAGGUAUAGAAAAUUUAAAGUAGGUAAUUAAAUUGCUUUUUUGAUAGAAA